UGUAAGAAGCCACCUACCCUAUCUGAAAGAUGAGCAUCGUCGAUGGGAUUGGCGGCGGAGAGAGAUCAAGACGGGAACGAAGCUCACUAUGGCAUUGGAGUCCUUGUUCGAGCUGUCAAGAGCGUGCAAGGCCUGCAACAAUUGCGAUCUGCUGGUGUCUACUGAGACGGCGUGCUACAUGCAGGAUCUGCCCCAGACGAGCCGCUGCAGACAUGACAUGGACGCGGGCCUAGACUUCGCUCAAGCCGAAGGCUAUCUUGCAAUGCUGCAGGUGUUGAAGUGCUGCCCGCCAGACUCGGUCGACGCAGAGAUCGCGGCUUCUAUUCUGGCUGGAUUCGCUGCUGGACUCUCUGUCCUUCCUUGGCAGCCAGAUCGCGACAGCAGGGACACCAACUUCAUCGUGGAUAUGCUCCAGGACGACGACUUCAGGUACUGCACCAAGCAUUUGCUCUACGCCCUCCUCGACGUGCUGGAACCUUACGCCACCGGAAGCUCUGAUGCAAUAAGCGGUGAAAAACUGCGGGUUCAGGAAGCUGCUGCCUCUGCUAUGUGCUCGUUCGCACAUGCCGCUAGUGAUGUUCAUGCGCUGGUCCACUGUCCUGUCGGGAAAGCUCUGCGAGCUAGGCAUUUGCCGGACGAUCACCCGGCAAUGAGGGGGUACGUGAGAAGGCUCAGCUACUCCUUCACAACCAUUUGUCCGGUAGCAUGGCCUCUUGACACGCCAUGGCCGAGAGGGCUUGUGCACGUGGAUGAGAUCUGGGUGCCUUCUGUCAGGGAUGUCCUGAGCAAUCAGAGGACGCUCUCCAUUCUUCUUAACUGUGCCAAGCGGGAGACUUCGCGCAUUAUCGCCGCGGACUGCAUCAGGACUCUCUCCUGGCUUUGGACACGCAGGAUGAUGUACUGGCAUCGGCAUGAUCUGAGGAUGCAUCCUGAUAAGACCGCUCCCAAUCUACGUGGGACGAGUGGCACAAACUUGAAUGCCCAGUGUUUACCUCCCGCUCUAGUUGACAUGGGAGGGAAUAGAAAAGGGAUGAACCUUCGAGAGCUGAGGAAUCUAGUUAAGCGGUGCCUGGCAAGGCCGGAGUCUUUCUCCGCCUUCUUGCAGCUGCACUUGGCCAAGAUCUUCAUCUCACAGAAAUUAAGAGAGGCUGACACUGACGUUGAAAGACUUCUGCUAGAGUGUUUAAAGUACUGGCGCCGUGCACACGGGACGCGGGAGCUGGAUUGGUUCGCAAUCGAAACCAUAGAAUCCAUAAGAGAUCUCCUUCACGUUGCCGCGCACAGGAGCAAACAGGAGCUCAAGCUGAUGAUGUGCAAGUCGCCAGGAGGCGUCGAUUGCCUUAGGAUAAUGAUCAUUGGUUGGGUCAGUCGAAUCCGAGCGGACCGAUUCUAUACGAACAUGGAGGACUUCGAUCAAUCCUUACUUCAUUUACUCUCGAAGACCCGGAUGAACUGCUGGUCAAUGGAGGGCACGAAGGCCAACUAUCACGCAAUACCGUGCUCGGGCGCCGCUGCAGGACUACUGGCGGACUUGCUCGAAGUGGGGCCAAGCCUAUUGGAGGGAGGGGACAUGGAGACACAGAUCACAAUCGCCAGCGAUCCCGAACGCCAUGGCUACGGUUUCCCUCGUACCCCUCCUCCGGCUGACACAGCCGAGUCGUCAAUGGACUCUCGAAGGACUUGCGAUGACCCUCGCACCACUGCGGUUCGCGGAGCCAGUCCGAGCUUGCAUUACAAUCUCCUGAUUAAAUGGGACCAAGCUCACUCUGGAAGAGCGGCUUCGCAAGCCUUUGCUUCCCGGCCAAACGCUGGAUGUUGUGGCCGCAUCAGGAUCUUCCUGCGCACGUCAAUAGCGUGCUUGGUUCUGGUUUUCUGGGAGUCGCUUGGACAUCCGGCUUGGUUACCUGCAAUCAGUUUAUUCGAGGACAUAGAGGCAGCUUACAGGACAGAUGAGAGGAUACAGGUUCUCGCUGAGGGUUUGGAUGCUUUAUUGGCCACAAAGCAUGCGAUCAGAGUCAUCAAGAUUGUGCUGGAGGCAUACCCGCGACGAGCAUUCGAUGCCAGACUAGUGACGGCUUUCAUCCCUGUCAUGGUGGACCUCCUCACAGGGCCCUGUGCCGGACUGCACGAGCGGCUUUACCUUGACAAGCUGGAUGCAGAUUGCAAUAUUGAAAUCAGGAGAGGGAUAAUAGACGUGUUGAAGGAAGUCGUUCCUCGGAUUGACGAGCUGGGGAGCAGAGCUCCGGAUGGAGAUGAGCUCGAGAUCGAUCCAUCGCUGCCGUCGAUCUUCCCACUGGAGUGUAGCAAGCGUCGGUUGAUUUUGCAUUCACGUGUUUAUUGCUCUUUGAGGCCGUCCUCUCCAGAUUCGACAGGUGAGAUGGCUAGACAUAUGCAGGAUCUGCCCCUGCUGAGCCGUUGCAGCAACGAUGUAGAUGCAGGCCGAGAUUUCGCGCGAGCGGAAGGAUACGUGGUCAUGCUGCAAGUUCUCGAAUGUGCUCCUCCCAACGCAGGAGAGGUUGAGAUGGCUGCAUCGAUCCUUGCCGGCUUCGGCUGGGGCCUCUCUGUCCUGCCUUGGCAACACGACAGGGAAGUGGAGGACAAAGACUUCGUUUUGAAAAUGCUGUUGGACGAUGAUUUUCACUACUGCACCAAGGAGCUUCUUCAUGAACUGUUAAAACUGCUCCCUUGCCUUCCCCCGCAGACGGGUGGAAGUCGGUCGGCCUGCACCAGGCCAGACAACGGGUCGCUUCAAGAAGCCGCUAUUUCUGCUCUCUGUUCUUUUUCACACGCCGCAAGUGACGUGCACUCGCAGGCUGAGCGCUGUGAACGCUGCGAGCAGGGUGCAAGCGCUGGCAACCUUGAGUGUGACGCGUCUGAUUGCACAAUUAGACUCUGCAAUGCGUUCAGCACAAAGUGUCCGACUAGUUGGCUUCUGAAGAAAGAGAUGCCUGACUUUCGAGGGGCGGGCAAUACGUGGGUGAGAGCCGUAACCUCCGUCCUAGACAAUCAGGCAGCGGUCGACCUUCUGCUCAGUUGUGCGAGGAACGAGCUCAACGUGUCACGCAGGUUCGUCGGGGACGCCAUCCGGACCUUGUCCUCUCUCUGGUCCUGCAAGGCGAUAUAUUGGCAUCGUUUCGAUAAAAGGAUACCGAAGGAUUUCCCUCCUCCGUUGGCUGACGUCAGCACACUUCCGAACCACGAGGAGGUAACGCAGAAGCUCGCGUCGCUGGUCCACGAGAGCGCGGCGGACCGAUCAUCUGUAUCCCCUCUUGCGAAGCUGCAUCUUGCGCAGAUCCUUAUCUCUCAGAAUAUCAGGGAUGAGCAGUUGGACGUUGACAUAGCGGACGUCCUCCUGCAUUGCCUCCGGUACUGGAGGAGAGCAGUUGGUAACCAUCUGCUUGAGUAUUUCGCUUGCGAGGUCAUGGAAACACUGUGGGACCUUUUUGAGACGUCAGAAAACAAAGUGUCCAUCUUAGGGAGGAUAGAGAGAUCUCCAGGAGGUGUGGGCUGUCUCAAACUCAUGACUUCGACUGUUUUGGCUCCCAUUCGUGCCGUCAGGCUGGAGCACAAUAACUUCGACAGCCUCUUGUCUGACUACUUGCUGAAAGACAAAGUCAACGACUGGUGUACAGAGGACUACGUGACUGAUUGUGCAGGUACCGCAGCCGGGCUUCUUGCGUUGUUCUUAUCUGUACCAGGCGGGCCGGACUUCAUCACGCCUGCUAAUAUUGAGUUCUUGGGGGCUGCUGUAGAGCACGCCACCUGCGACGGGCAAGCGCCAAUUUCGCAACCCUUAGUCGAGAAUGUGUUAGGACGACUCGGUAGGGCGCUUGGUUGGCUGUGCAUUCUGCUAGGUCAUCUGACGUGGCAACCGCGAACCUCGCAGUGUGUGGCUGAAACAAUUAGUAAUAGUCGUGCGUAAACUUGUUCAUACACGAAACGUUGUCAGACUAAUGUGCAAAGUUGUGAGAAGAAAUCCGGGGAUCCCGCUUCAGAAUCUUUCUCCUGUUCUCGCCAUGCUGCGCGAAAUGCCCGUUCUCAGGCUAUAGACACCGCGAAGACUCCAAGCGUUCAAAAUGAAUUGUGAACGAGAAA